UCAAUAUACACAUGGUGUAUUCACGUGUUGUGGUGCAGUGAGGUUUGAAGAUUGCAGUGUCACCUUUGCAUUCCGCUGCUUUUCUGCAAAGGAUGUUCCAUAAGCCAAUGAGGCGAUGGGUCCCGUUUUAGACAGAGACAAGAAGGGGAGACAUUCCAAAGUAACCAAUGCAGACUCUUGUGGUUAAUGCUCCCAACAAUCAUUAUGUAAUAACUGAUGUACAAUGCACUGCACAGUGGUGCUCUUUUGAUGUUCUGGUGCCACCGUCGUCCAUCCUGUAUCGACGUCCUCAUCGUGGACGGAAUGGAGGUACCGUUGGCACAAAUAUAGUUUCUUCAAACCAGCUGCUGAACGUUUUGUUGUGUUAUGUUGAAUCUUGCUCUUGUCAGCCUUACGCUGGCACUCCACUGUCCUUUCAGAUACAGACAGAUGUUUGUAUCCACCUUACUAAGUCUAUAUGCACCCAGACAGAAAAGCUACAAAUAACAACAAACUCCAAAUAUGCAGUUGGUUCCUCCCUUAAAAAGAAAUGAGAAAACUGGUGGUGGAGGAGGAGGAGGUGGAGAAGGAGUGCAUAGUUAGGGCAGGGAGUUAUAUGAGUACCAGAUGGUCAAAGUAAUAAUUAUUCUUCAAAAAUUAACCAUUCAUUGCAUAGUCCACUGUGACUUUAGACAAUCUGCAGUAGUUGACCAAACACAUAAGUAAAAAUGUAUUAAUAAUUAUUUUAAUAAUAUGAUUGGGCUUAUUUAAAAUGAGUUAAAUUUGUGAUAUUAGGAAUAUUCUUUAAAAGUGCAGAUGUUUUGAUGCUCUUAAAGAGCUGAUAAUGUUCCGGCUCAUACCUAAGUGUUGAUGCAGUACAGGAGGAGUGGGCUGGUGUGGGGGCGGCUGAACCGGCGGAGGACACAGGAGAAGGUUUGACUUGAAUGCUGUGAAUCAGCUUGCUUUUAGUAUGAGGCAUGUGGGAGCGCUGGCAGACAAGGUCAACUAAUUAAACUGAUCAUUGCAGAGGUCCACCAAGAAUGUAUUUCUUAGAUUAUGCAACAUUAUGCGACAGUUGAAAAAAUGUGUUUUCCCGAUAACAGAAAUAAACACAUGAAAGAAAUGGAUAGUCAGAAAGAGGAACAGGAGCUGUCAUAUAAUCAACAGCGUGCUUAUCACAUGCUGUGUUUCCUGAGCCAGGAAAGUCCUUUCCUUCCUCCCAAAAAGUUCUCAACCCAGGCUGGAGUGCCUCUUUUCAAGUGUUAUGACGCAUAACUUUGGCUUUUCUGGGAGAGAAUCCAUUCUACACCAUUCUUAGGGCAUCUCACCCAGUCUAGUUUUCACAAGUCUUCAUGACUCAGAAGAAAUCGCCAGUCAGUGAUGGAGGCUGAUGGAUAUAACAGUGUGGAAUUAGAAGGCACUUUCACUUGUUUGUUCUGUCUUACUGGGCAGGCAGGGUUAAGGGAGCAUUUGUCUGAACACAGCUUUGUGAGGAGGCCUUUUGUGAAUCUCCAUUGUGUGGCUGCUGCUGCCACGGUAACACACUGGCAGCAGAACUAAUGCAGCAGUCAGAUGUGACAAAUGUCUGCCUAGAAAAGACUUAAUUUUAAACCCAAUUGGCUGGAUAUGUUUUAAGUAGUUUUUUCCUUUUACCUGUGAAAUCUGAGUCAUGCAUGUAGGUAGAUUAAGAAACACCACCAAUCACUGACUAAUGGCUUGAAAAAUGUCACAGUUCUAUUUGAAACAUUUGAUUUUCUUAACACCUUCACUCAAUGCUUCAUCUGUUUAUCAUUACGUGCCAAGGCUAAAACCAACAGAAAAGUCUUUACUAUUUUUUUCAUACUAUCAAACAAAUAAGCUUUUUCCCUGCAUGUUGAUUUAGUAACACCUAUGUGUCAUACUAGCUGUAUAAACUAGUAGAGAACAUAUUUGGCAAGUGGGAGGGCGUGUCAUGUUGGUAAAAGAGGAAACUGUACUCCGGGACUUCUAUAACAGAAGGUGUUCUGGUGGGACCAACACGUGGAAUCAGAUUUCCCAGCCUUAAUGUCAGGCAAAUCGGAUCGCAAAAACAAAUGGGCGGCAGUCCGAGGUCGCCUGGGGUCUUCUCAGGACUCGGACACUCCACAGGAAGCCAACCUCGAGAGUGCCGACCCCGAGCUGUGCAUCCGGCUGCUACAGGUGCCCACUGUAGUCAACUACUCUGGGUUGAAGAGGCGUCUGGAGGGCAGCGACCAGACAUGGAUGGUUCAGUUUUUGGAGCUGAGCGGGCUGGACCUCCUGCUGGAAGCCCUGGAUCGUCUGUCAGGACGAGGCUGCUCCAGGAUCGCCGACGCUCUGCUGCAGCUCACCUGUGUCAGCUGUGUCCGAGCAGUCAUGAACUCUUCUGCCGGGAUACACUUCAUUAUCGAGAAUGAAGGCUACAUCCGCAAGCUCUCCCAAGCUUUGGAUACAUCAAACACUAUGGUGAAGAAGCAAGUGUUUGAGCUACUGGCCGCUCUCAGUAUGUUUUCACCAGAUGGACAUCGUCUUGCCUUGGAUGCCCUUGACCACUACAAGGGGGUGAAGGUGCAGCAAUACAGGUUCAGUGUGAUCAUGAAUGAGUUACAAGGCACAGAUAAUGUCCCCUACAUGGUUACUCUGCUCAGCGUCAUCAAUGCUAUCAUCUUUGGCACCGAUGACCUCAGGGAGAGAGACAGAAUGCGAAAGGAAUUUAUUGGGCUUCAACUACUUGAUAUUCUCCCUAAAUUAAGGUGA